AUGUUUUCUUCAAUUACGUUCGCCGUUCUGGCAGCUGCACUGGGCGUCCAUGGACAUGCAGUCGUCGAAGACCCGGCUCCUCGAAAGACAGGUCCUGCCCAUGAAGCAGCAUGUGGAUUAGCCGUUGUAGAUGUCCUCGAGAAUGAUAUCGCGGGCCCUAUAGAGAACGCGGUGGAGGCGGCUGACGAGGACUACAACUGCAAUGCCUACCUCUGCAGGGGAUACCAGUUUGAAGAUAACGAAGACAAUGUCAAGGUCGUCAAGGGCGGCGACGUGCUUGAAUUCCAUAUUAACUUGGUCGCGGGUCACCAUCCUGGAUAUGCGAAUGUCUCGAUCGUUGAAACCGCGACAAAUGAGGUAGUUGGACAGCCUCUGGUAACAUGGGCCAACUGGCCAGAUCACCUUUCUGGCCCGCCUCGCAAUGACACCGACUACAAUGUGACUAUUCCAAACUCACUAGGAGCACCAUGCGAUGUGGCGGGAAACUGCGUGAUACAGUGGUAUUGGUAUGCGAGUGGGAAUGAACAGACAUACGAAAGCUGUCAGGAUUUCUAUGUUGAGGUCUAG